CCAAACUCGUUUAUAGUAAUACAGUCAAAUGUUUAUGAGAAUAAAACGAUGACUGGUAUAGUUUUAUUUUGAAAACAAAAACCGGAAACACCGCUUGACUGUAAAUCCCGCAGGGAGGACAGGGGGGAAAACAGUGGGCAUCUACAGUAAACUGUGCGGCGCUUCGAGCCCGCUUCGUCGCCACAAAUUCGGGAUGAGCCCGUGGUAAUAAAUACGCACCGCUGGCUUAAUGCCGCUGUCGUCCCGCAGUGCCUUCGUGAGUCCGGACGGGCCCAAAGCAGCCGCCGCCAUGGCCUCUGUGUUCCCCCGCUGCACAUCUGUCAGACUCCCCGCUUCGGCCGCUGUCAGCCUGCUGCUGCUCCUGAUGUCGGUGAGCACCGUGCAGUCCUCUCAAGGCGACAAGGAGCCGGUUUAUCGGGACUGUGUGAAGCUGUGUGUCCGGACGAACUGCACUGGAGCUCGGCUGCGGGGCUUUGAGUCCACCCAGCCGCAGUACAUGGCGCUGACAGGUUGGACGUGCCACGAUGACUGCAGAUAUCAGUGCAUGUGGACCACUGUGGGUCUUUACCAGGCUGAGGGUUACAGAGUCCCACAGUUCCAUGGCAAGUGGCCGUUUGUUCGUUUCCUGUGCUUCGAGGAGCCGGCAUCGGCGCUGGCGUCUCUGCUCAACGGCUUGGCCUGCCUUCUCAUGCUGCUGCGCUAUCGGAGCACGGUGCCACGCCAGAGCCCCAUGUACCACACCACCAACGCCUUCUCCCUGGUAUCUCUGAAUGCGUGGUUCUGGUCCACAGUGUUUCACACCCGGGACACUUAUCUCACUGAGAAAAUGGACUAUUUUUGUGCAACAGCGGUCAUUCUUUACUCAAUCUACCUGUGUUGUGUCAGAACUUUGGGUCUGAGGCAGCCUGGAAUAUCCAGUAUGGUGGGAGUUUUCCUCAUCUUGAUCUUUACGUCACACGUGUCCUACUUGACCUUCGUCAGUUUCGACUACGGCUACAACAUGGCUGCCAAUGUCACCAUCGGCAUGGUGAACCUCCUGUGGUGGUUGUGUUGGUGCUGGCAGAACCGGCGGACGCUCCCAUACUGGUGGAAGUGUGGCCUGGUGGUGCUGCUGCUUCACGGGCUGGCCCUCCUGGAGCUGAUGGACUUCCCCCCGCUGCUCUGGGUCUUAGACGCUCACGCCGUCUGGCACCUUAGCACCAUCCCGGUGCACUUCCUUUUCUACAGUUUCCUGAUAGACGACAGUCUCUACUUACUAAACACAGAGAAGAUGGGUGUUAAAGUCGAGUAGGAGGAGGAGCCCGUCGCCUCUUCACCACACCUCCACCCUAACACCUCCUCAGUCGGGGCAGCCGGACACCUGAACUCUUGACGUCGCUCUGCCUCCCAGACGAAACGCACGACACCACUGACUAACAUCAAACUCAACUCUGUUUACAUUUUAUUUCAUUUGAAGGAAGUGUCGUGAAUCCUUCAUGUUCUUCUUCGCCUUGUACUGCCACGUGUGCUACGUUUACUGUAGUAUGGGAUGCAGGGUGGGGAGGAGUACUCGACCGCCAGCUGCUCUCGAAUCCUGUUUAUCGGGUUGUUUUGUAAAACUCGUCCCCUGAACUCCUGACGAUCACACACUCCAACCCGAUCGCAGUUUUCAGCAGCUGGCGUUAGAUGGCAGCAGAACAGUGGUCAGUUCUGUCCGUUCAUGUGUUCAACUGUGCCAAAAGGAAGCUGCCAGCUGAUUUUUUUUUUCUAGAAAGAUGGGGAAGAGACUUUAUGUUGGAGGCUGUUGACCUUUUUUUUAAACCAUCACUCCUUUAUUUGUGCCUGUUGUUUCAUUUGCUGCUUUUGUUUCUCUUCUGUUUUUGCUUUAUUCAUCUGCCUUAGUUGAUUUGAAGUCAAAUAUUUUGACCAAUAUGUGCUUUAUUCUGAUCUGAUUUAGAUUUUAUUUAAUUUUUGGGAUUAAGCGUGAGUUGCCUGAUGAUUAUGAGAUGGGAAAAAAUUACUUUUGUUCACCUGGAUUGCCUUUUUUCAUGUGAGGAAUGACCCAAGGUUACAGGAAGUUUUGAGCAGCUUUUCUCCACAGUGUCAAACAAACCCUGAGUUUAAGUGUAAAUCCCGAGUUCUCCGAAACGAAACACACACACUCCCACCUGUCUAAACAGUGGCUCAUAACCUGCUUCUCAGUGAAUGUUAUUUAUUUAACCUCCCGGAACUGAAUUCAUUCCCAUGUUUCCAUCUCUCUGAGCUUUACUUCUACAUGUGCACUUUACGAGUGUGUGUGUUCAGACUCCAGGCCAUGCCUUUGAGUGAGAAUCUGAACAAUCAGCAAUGUGUGUGUGUGUGUGGUUUUUCUGGACUUUGUGUUGUCAUGAACUGAGUUGCUUUGUGUUUGUUGUGUGUGUGUGAGAGAGGGAGCUAGACUUUGCUGGAUGAUUCUUUUGUGUGUUUGGGUUGUGGGUGAGGAAAUUUCAAAAAUGUAGCUUUGUAAUGAGAGGAUGGAAGAUGGAGAUAGUUGAUGAAAAGAUCUAAAUUGAAUCAUAUCAAAGAUUUUUCAAAAAAAUCUAUUUUUUAUCCUCAGAUCAUGUAUUUGGUUUGUAAAAGGUCAUAAAUAUCAAAUACUGUUUCACCAUUUCCCUGAUGUUUUUCAUUAGUGUUUGUUUAUGAAUGAGAGAGUAAAAACAAAGUUAAUCUUGUCACUAUUCA